GUCCUGACUCCCCAGGAGCAAUCAUGUAAAGCAGGAGGAACUUGCAGGGUUGGGUAUCAGCAUGUCUGGGGACACACCUGACUGAAGACAGAUUUCUGAGUAGAAAUUUAGAGCAGACCCAGAACACACCAAGACAAAGCCUGCCUUUGCCAGCUUUUUCAGAGGACAGAAGAAAAUGCUCCAGGCUCAGCACAUCACACCAUUGAACAGCACGGUGCUGUUACAGGAAUGCCUGACAUUUCAUGAUGUGGCCGUGGACUUCACCUUAGAGGAGUGGCAGCUUCUGGACCCCAAUCAGAAGGACCUGUACAGGGAUGUGAUGUUGGAGAACUACAGCAACCUGGUGUCAGUGGGGUAUCAAGCCAGCAAACCAGACACACUCUCCAGGUUGGAACGAGGGGAAGAACCGAGGGCAGUACAGGAUGAAAUGCACCAUGUGGUCUGCCCAGAACUCAGGAAAGUUGAUGAUCCUCUGCAGUGUCACUUGCAAAGUCGAAGCAUUCAAAAGAGUGUGGAACCAUGCCUUGAACAUAAUAUGUUUGCAAAUAUUGUUAAUCAGAGCGAACGUCAUUUCCGAUUAAAGCAAAAUCAUAUGUUUGAGAUAUGUGAAAAACCUUUAAAAUCAAAUUUAAGUUUUGAAAACCUGAACAGAAACUGUAACUUAAGGAUGUCUGUUGAGUUGAAUGGAGGUGGGACAUCCAUUCUGCAUGCUAACCAUGAGCAAUUUUACACUGAAAUGACAUUGCAUGUCAGUUCCAAACCCAUCAAUAAUAAGUCCCAGGUCAUUCAGCAACAGAGAACUCUCAACAAGGAGAAAGCCUAUAUAUGCAUUCAAUGUGGGAAAGGUUUCAUCAAGGUAUCUGAGCUCACUGAUCAUCAGAGAGUUCAUACUAGAGAGAAACCUCAUGGGUGCAGUCUGUGUGGGAAAGUCUUCUCCAGAAAGUCCAGACUUACUGAACAUCAGAGAAUUCAUACAGGACUGAAGCAGUAUGAAUGCACUGAAUGUAACAAAACCUUCUUCAAGACAUCACAGUUCAAUGUACAUUGGAAAACUCACAUGAAAGAGAAACCUUAUACCUGUAGUGAAUGUGGGAAAGCAUUCAUAAAAAAGUCUCGGCUCAUUUAUCAUCAGCGAACUCAUACAGGAGAGAAACCGCAUGGAUGCAGUUUAUGUGGGAAGACCUUUUCUACAAAGUUUAGUCUCACUACCCAUCAGAAAACUCAUACAGGAGAGAAACCUUAUGUUUGCAGUGAAUGUGGAAAGGGCUUCAUUGAGAAAAGUCGUCUUCUUGCACAUCAUCAAACUCAUACAGGAGAGAAACCCCAUGGAUGCAGUCUAUGUGGGAAGACCUUUUCUAAAAAGUUUAAUCUCACUGCACAUCAGAGAACUCAUACAGGAGAGAAACCGUUUUUAUGCAGUGAAUGUGGGAAAGGCUUCUCAAUGAAACAUUGCCUCAUUGGACACCAGCGAACUCACACUGGAGAGAAGCCCUAUGUAUGUAGUGUUUGUGGAAAAGGCUUCACGAUGAAGCGUGAUCUCACUGUACAUCACCGAAGUCAUACUUCAGAGAAACCAUAUAUGUGCAAUGAAUGUGGGAAAGGCUUCACUGUGAAGAGUCGUCUAGUUGUACAUCAGCGAAUGCACACAGGUGAGAAACCCUAUGUGUGCAGCGAAUGUGGAAAAGGCUUCCCAGUGAAAAUGCAGCUGAUUGUACAUGAACGGACUCAUACAGGAGAGAAACCUUAUAUAUGUAGUGAAUGCUGGAAAGGUUUCACAGCUAAGUGCAAUCUCAUCAGACAUCAGCUAAAACAUACAGGAGAGAAGCCCUAUGUAUGUGGUGUGUGUGGAGAAGGCUUCGUGGUGAAGACUGAUCUCACUUUACAUCAGCAGUCUCAUAUGUAAGAGAAACCAUGUAUGUGCAGUGAAUGUGAGAGGCUUCCCCAUGAAGAGUCAUCUCAGUGUACAGUGGCUCACUCAUAUGGGAAAGAAACCUUUUAUAUGCAAGGAAUAUGACAAAAGCUUAAUUGAGAAAAAGCAUGAUUAUUGUACAUCUGUGAAUUUCUAUGGAGAGAAAUUGUAUAUAUGCAAUGAAUGUGGAAAGGGCUUCACCAGGAAGAGUACUUUAGUUGUACAUCAGUAAGCUCAUACUGCAGAGAAGUUGUACAAAUGCAAUGAAUGUGAAGGCUUUAGGAAGAAAAUGUGUCUCAUACAACAUCAGAGAUUUCUCUCAGGAAUCACUUUCUUUGUAUGUUCUCAAUGUGGAAAAUUCUCAUUGAUCAGAAGUGACUUUAUUACAUAUCAGAGAGACCCUGUGAAGGUAACACAUAUGGGAAAGUCUUCACUACAAAGAUAGGAAUCAAACAUCAAACAAAGCAUACAUGAAAGAGACCCUAUAGUGGAGAAGCUUUUGCCCACUUGCCAAUUCUUGGUAAACAUGAAAAUUCAUAGGUACUUGCUUUGGGGAAAGCCUGUUGCUAGUUGUAGGCCCUCAAGAUAAUAGUAUGCAAUGAAGAAUAACCAUGCAAAAAAGAGAGAAAAAAAUAAGUUAAUGUAAAGAAUGCGGUACUGUCUUUAUUGAUCAGUCACCGUAUUUUGCUGUGUAUAAUGUGCACCCACAUUUUUGUGCAUGUUAUACACAGGCUUAUACCCAUUAUAGUACCCAUGGUACGUAAUCAUUAUACCCAUUUAUGAUGUGCACCCUGUUUUCCUUCAAAAUUUUGGGCAAAAAUGUGCAUUAUACACAGCAAAAAUGGUACAUUAUAUUUCAUACCCCCAAAAUUUGCAGAACAACUCAGAUACAAUCAGCUUGGUGCAAAUAUUUUAGGGCAUUAUAUGUCUAAACAGUGUAUACUGAGAUAAAUCCUAUACAUGUGACAAACUGGGAAACUAUUAUUGCAUGUACACCCUCUCAUGUGAUCAGAGAUCAUGAAUAAAUGAAUCAAUGAAUAUUUCUAAUUGUGAGAAAGCAUCUGGCCAAAACUAAGACCUCAGGAGAUGUCAGUUCACACUAGAGAAAUUCUUUCCUCUGGCAGUGAAUAUGGCAUGGUUUGCAGUAAUUUAUGUUGCCUCAUUAUUUACCAGGAAGUUUAUGCAGAAAUAACUCAUAAGCACAUUCAAUUUGGUGGUCUUUAGCAAAACCUCGGAUCAUUUAAUGAACAAAAGAACCCUUGAAUGAAAGCAUUCUGUUCUAAGCUCAAACAGAUAAUGCACCUCAGAAGCAACUGGAACAGGAUACCUUCAGUCAUAUUUCUACUUGCCUUGCCAUUCAUCAAUUUUAUGUUUUAAACAGUGAUAGUUACUCUCAUCAUGUAUUAAAUUUUAAUUUAUACAACACAGGAGUGAUCUAUGCCUAUUUCAUUAUGUGAUUCUACAUCUUUUUACCCCUAAGUUUAUAUGUUUUACAAUCCUUGUAGUACUUGAAAAUAAAACAAUAUAUUCAUUUCAUUAGUAUAACAACAUGUAUGAAUGUAUUUAGUCUGUUAAGUAGUAACAAGUGGUUUAUUAAAUGUUUUUAUAACUUUUAAUUUUAAAGUAAGUUUAGAAUUACAAAAACAAAAUUUUUAGAAAAUUUUAAAAUGCCCUUCAGGUAGCUACUCCCAAAUGAAAAACUUUACAUAGUCACAGUUCAUACCAAAGAGAGGAAAGUGAAAUUGUUGCAGUGCUGUUUACAGGAUUUAUUUGUAUCUCCAGUUUUAACAUGCACUCUUUAUUCUUUAUUUUUUUAGAGAGAGGGCAAGGGAGAGAAACAUCGAUGUCAGUGAGAAAUGUUGAUUGGUUGCCUCUCAUAAUGCACCCUGACCACGGACCAAAUCCACAACCUAGACAUGUAUCCUGAUCAUGAAUCGAACCAGUGAUAUUUUAUUUUGUGGGAUGAGGCACAAGCAACUGAGCCACACUAGUCAGGAGACACUCAUUUUUGUUUGGUUUUUAUAUGUAGUUUUAAGAAAUACCACAUAUGUAGGUUCUUGUAACCAACACCAUAUUAGAAAUUCAGAAUUUUUUGUUAUCACAAACCCUCAGGCUAUUCACCAUCACAUAUUUUCACUGACCCUAACCCUUGCCAUCACAUGUCUCUUGGUAUCGGUAAUAUUAUCAUUUAUAGAAUAAUAAAACUCAUUUAUGUUCCUUUUGAGAUUGACUAUUUGACCUUGUGAGAUGUAGAAAAUACAUACACACUGGUCUCUGUCCCCAGCUUCUGGCACAGAGCUCCUUAAACUCUUGUAAAUUCCUAAGUGGUAACAGCAUUGGGAGCAUCUUUUGUUCUGUCAAGGUGACUGGUUGGAAUGUUCAUCUCCACCCCACACGUCUGGAGAUGGGUGAGGGCAGAAAUAGAGUUGAUGAUUAACCAUGCCUGUUUGAGGAAACCUCCAUAAACGUACCAAUAGAAAGUGGGUUCAGAGAGCUUCAGUGGGUAAACACGUCCAAGUCUGGGGAGAGUGAUGCACCCCAGCUUCAUGGGAACAGAAGCUCCUGUGCCUGGGACCCUCACAGACCUCAAACUCUAUUUCUUCAUCUGGCUGUUAUCUCUAACCUUUAUGAUGAGCAUUUUAUUCAGAUGUGUAUUAGCUAUCACUGAAUUUAUAGAAAAUGUCUGAUCACAUGUUCUGCCUAAUCCUAUGAAUUUUGAGAAUUUAAGAAAAGUGAAACAACGAAGGUGCAUGUUGGAAUUUUAUUUGUGGCUUUUUUUGUUUUAUGCAAUAAAUUUUUUAUUUUGGAAUAAUAUGUUCUAAAAUUUCUAAUGCUAUGCACAAGGUAAUGGACCCUUAAUUUUAGCCCACACUAUUAACAUUUUCUAUCACUUUCAGAAGUCCAGACAUUUAAUAAUAGAAUUAAGUCCUUGCUUUGUAGUGUUCUCCCACUUUCCAGGUCUGCCAUCAUGGGGAUACUUUGGUUGGAACAACACUCCAGGGAGACCAGAUGGCAUCAGGAUGAAAAGAUAUUUGGAAUCCCAGGCUCAGUGCAGAGUGAAAUAAGAGAGCAUUGAUCAGACCCCCAUGCCCUGGGUCAGGCACCCUGGAUUUAAAUUCCAGAUU